AAUGCACUUUUAACAAUUUGUUAUCAAGUAUACAUUGUAAACUACAACUGUGUCAAAUCAGAAUCAGAACGAUACUCAAAGCGAGAAAAGAUGAAGAAAGCGAGAAGAAAAAGGAACAAUAAUUGUUUUUGAUAAUAUUGAAGUACUAUAAAUCCCUCAGUUACACAGAUUAUAGCAUGAAACACCUCUCUUCAAAUAUAAGACUUACACAUAGUUCCAUACUAGUACUAGGUGUCAUUAUAUCGAUCAAACUAUGCACUUGUGAGUUCGGCCAUCUCUAAAUCCAGGCAACACACUCAUUCUCAACUUCUUCGUUCCUCCAAUUGACUCCUCCAUCUGCGUACACAGGUAACUGCACCUAAAAUUUGUUUAAGAUGAGGCAGAGGCGUGAAACUGCUUCAGCUGCAUCAAAAAGGUCAAGCAGUGGUGAAACAAGUGAGGAGUAUAGUAGUAAUGGUGUUGAAAUCAGCACCAAUGUUCAUGUUGGAAAUCCAAGGAGGUCUUCAUUUGUGUGGCUGGCCUUGUUUCUCAUAAUCACUUAUUGCUGUUCAGCUGUUUAUCGUUACCAGUAUCAGAACUUGCCUAUGCCUCUCACUGCAGAACAGGCUGGUAAGAGGGGUUUCUCAGAGAUUGAAGCAUUCAAGCAUGUCAAGGCCUUGACUGAGGUGGGCCCUCAUCCUGUUGCCUCUGAAGCACUCAAUCUUGCACUGCAGUAUGUUUUGUCAGCAUGUCAAACUAUCAAGUCAACAGCUCACUGGGAGGUAGAAGUUGAAGUGGAUCUUUUUCAUUCGAAGUCUGGUGCAAACCGUCUGAUCAGUGGCUUAUUUACCGGGAAAACACUUGUUUAUUCGGAUCUAAGUCAUGUUGUAGUAAGAAUCUUGCCGAAAUACCUAUCUGAAGCAAGAGAGCAAUCUAUUCUGGUCUCUUCUCAUAUUGAUACUGUUUUCUCAACAGCAGGGGCAGGAGAUUGCAGUUCAUGUAUAGGUGUCAUGCUGGAACUUGCACGUGGAAUUUCUCAGUGGGCUCAUGGAUUGAAGAAAUCUGUUAUAUUCUUAUUUAAUACAGGUGAAGAGGAGGGACUUAAUGGUGCCCAUGGCUUCAUAACCCAGCAUCCUUGGAGAAAAACUGUUCGUAUGGCUAUUGAUCUUGAGGCCAUGGGCAUAGGAGGGAUGUCUAGUAUUUUUCAGGCUGGUCCUCAUCCUUGGGCUAUCGAGAACUUCGCUUUAGUAGCAAAAUACCCAUCUGGUCAAGUUAUCGCACAGGAUCUCUUUUCUUCCGGGGCCAUAAAAUCUGCAACAGAUUUCCAAGUGUACAAAGAAGUUGCUGGCCUUUCAGGACUUGAUUUUGCAUUUGUAGAUAACACUGCUGUAUAUCAUACCAAGAAUGACAAAUUAGAGCUUUUGAAGACAGGAUCUCUUCAACAUCUGGGCGAAAAUAUGCUUGCUUUCUUGCUUCAUGUCGGUGCAUCAUCUCAUUUUCCCGGAGGGAAUUCAACAGAAGCUGAGGAAGAUACAAGCAACAAUAAUGCCAUAUAUUUUGACAUUUUGGGAACAUAUAUGGUUGUAUAUCGUCAAAAGUUUGCUAAUAUACUCCACAAUUCAGUGAUAAUGCAGUCAUUUCUAAUAUGGAUUACAUCAUUGGUUAUGGGUGGUAUACCAGCUGCAGCUUCAUUGGCCUUGUCAUGUUUGAGUGUUCUCCUCUUGUGGAUCUUCGCACUUUCUUUCUCCUUUCUUGUUGCGUACCUCCUUCCUUUGAUAUCUUCAUCACCAGUGCCAUAUGUCUCAAGUCCUUGGUUGGCAAUUGGAUUAUUUGGUGCACCUGCUUUUCUUGGAGCAUUGACUGGUCAACAUUUUGGUUAUCUUCUACUUCAAAAAUAUCUUUUGAAUUCACAUUCAAAGAGAAGGCAAUUGCCCCCUAUUAUUCAAGCUGCUGUUGUCAAGCUGGAGGCAGAAAGAUGGCUUUAUAAAGCUGGAUCAUUUCAAUGGCUUAUACUUCUCACUUUGGGAAACUAUUUUAAAAUUGGUUCUUCUUACUUGGCUCUUGUGUGGUUAGUUUCUCCGACAUUUGCAUAUGGAUUUUUUGAAGCAACGCUAACUCCAGCCAGGUUACCAAAGCCACUCAAACUGGCAACCCUACUUCUAGGGUUAGCCAGUCCAAUUUUAAUUUCUGCUGGCACAUUCAUUCGGUUGGCUGCUACAGUCAUAGGGGGUAUGGUUCGACUUGAUAGGAAUCCUGGUAGUACUCCUGAAUGGCUGGGAAAUUUUAUGAUUGCUGCUUUUAUUGCUGUUGUCUUGUCUUUGACCUUGGUGUACCUUCUUUCAUAUGUCCAUCUCUCAGAUGCAAAAAGGGCAAUCAUCCUAGCUACUUUGGUGCUGUUUAGUAUAUCACUUGCAAUUGUAUUAUCAGGUGUUGUUCCACCAUUUUCUGAAGACACUGCUAGAGCUGUGAAUGUUGUGCAUGUUGUGGAUGCAACUGGAAGACUUAAUGAAGUGCAGAAUCCUGUAUCCUAUGUAUCUUUAUUUUCUACUACUCCAGGAAAUUUGAACAAGGAGGUAGAACAGAUUAAUGAAGGUUUGGUAUGUAGUAAAGAUAAAACAAUUGAUUUUGUGACUUUCUCAGUCAAAUAUGGUUGUUGGACCAAUAACGACACCAUGAGUGGCUGGACUGAGACAGAUAUUCCAUCAAUGCACGUAAAUAGUGAUGCUAAAGGAAAUGGAAGAAUUACAAAAGUUUCAAUAGAUACAAAGGGUUCUGUCCGUUGGGUUCUUGCAAUCAAUACAGAAGAAAUAGAAGAUUUCAAGUUUAAAGAUGCAGUGGACUCUGAAGAAUUGAUUUCAGUUGAUAAAAAGAGUAGUGUGGAUGGUUGGCACAUAAUUCAAUUUUCUGGAGGAAAGAAUGCACCAACAUUGUUUGAUCUGACUCUUUAUUGGAGGUCAGGUUCAACUCAUAACACUGAUGUUCCUCUUCUGAAACUUAGGACUGAUGUGAACAAAUUAACGCCUAUAACCGAACGAGUUCUUAAGAAGCUUCCUCGUUGGUGUUCAUUGUUUGGAAAGUCUACAUCUCCUCAUACCUUAGCUUUCUUGAAAAAUCUUCCUGUUAAUUUUUAGGUACCAGAAGUUUAUCCUUGAUUUACUAGUGUUAAAAUCUUAAUAUUUGCAGUCAUAGGAGUUCUAAUUCACUAUACCAUUUUUGUUCUGGUUGUAGAAAAUAAUUAUAUUUAAUUUUCGCUGAUGUGUUUAAUGACUUUAAUUAUGGGAUAAAAUGGAAUAAGGAGUGGCAAUAAUUAGAUUUUAUUGCUCUUUGGCCUGCUCUACUUUCACCUAUUUCUUUUGCGAUAAAGGGUAACAACACACAGGUACUCUCUGUUAUUGAAAUGAAAUUCAUGUUGAAU